GCCCUGACAGCUUGGCUCCGACCACAUCUAUUGCUUGCUUGGACUUCAGGAUGCAGGACGUUCUUUUGAUCGGGAUGGGCGGGGUUGGUGCUACCUACGCUCGUGUGCUAGAACGCGCCGGCGCACAUGUCACUGCGAUUGCGAGAGGCAGUUACGAAGCGAUACAAAGCACCGGGCUUGAUUUCGUUGGCAAAGCUAUCGAAGAGCAGGGGGGAGAGAUAAAAGCAUGGAGGCCAUAUAGAGUGUUUCGAGACCUCGGCAAGCAAGCUUUGGAUAGGUCCUACUCGUAUGUGGUGAUUGCCACGAAAGCCAUUCCGGAGGUACAGACAGUCGCUCAGCUGGUGGCGCCCCUUCUGUCGCCGGAGUACACGCGGUCCCAUCCACAGCCCGUCUUCGUGCUGUUGCAGAACGGCCUGAACGUGGAACGAGACUUGUACGAAGCGUUACAAGGCGUCAAGUGUGCGGAUGGGCAACCAUGGCAACCCAAAAUUAUCAGCGCGGCUGUAUAUGUUGCGGUGAACCUCAUAGGGAGGAAUACCAUCCAACAUAACCAGAAGGAAUUUCUCAAUAUUGGCGUCUACCGAAUGGACGAUUAUUCACGGACGGAAAACGAUUCCGAAGAAGCGCAGCUCUUGGGAAAUUUUACUCAGUUGCUCCGUGAGGGAGGGAGCACCGCGAAUAUCUUCCCCGAGAUCCAGCGUCUCAAGUUCAAGAAGAACAUCUUGAACUGCGUAUUCAGCUCGUUCUCCGCGUUAUCGGGAUAUACCCUGCACAGCGUAUUCCGCAAGAAGUCCGAUGAUCCUGCGCAGCUGAAGCCAGUCGUGGACCCGAUCACGGCGCCGCUCAUCGACGAGCAUGCCAUUCCCACCAUUCGCGCCAUCAUCGAUGAAGUCGUGGACGUCGGCCGAGCGUAUGGAUUCCCCGAUACAGAAGAGACCGAAUCCGGUGUGGCGAAGAUCGCGGACGGCGUGUUUCGGCGCAUGGAGCGGCUACAUACCGUACCCGACAGCAAGAACAUCGUCAGCAUGCUCUUGGACGUCCAGAACAGCAGGCCUAUUGAGGUGGAGUGCAUCGUCGGGGAGGUGGUGAGAAUGGCCCACGCGAAGGGCGUGCCCAUUCCGCGGCUGGAAGUCCUCUAUGCUUUGUUACUAGUGAAGCAGAAUCAGCUUUUGCAAGGCGUCCGUGCGCCAACCAGCAGAGGAAAAUUCUAGCGCUAGGCUAGGUACUUAUUAUUCGUGGACGCUCUGAGGUUGAGAUAUAUAUAGAAGCGGAGAUAAAACUUGUUUUUCC